CGGCAGACAGGUGAGACGGAGAAAGGAGGAAAAGUCCGCGGAGUUCAGUUACCAGUCCGCUGUCAUUGUUGCUGGGGACACUGGGGUUGUUCGGUUCCGAAUAUGCAAAAUUGCUUACUUGUGUAUGCGCAGUUUUCGGCAAUUAUUUGUAAGGCUUUCAGAUAACCAGGGUCUGGACAGGGGAGCAUGAAUUCCGAGGUCCUGGCUAUCAACCGCAUUAGCAGUUGUCCAUUUUUUCCCACACACAAACACAUGAAGGCAGCAGCCUCCUCUUCCUCCGGGCUCCAGAAACGUGAAGAGCUACAGAAACCCUUGGCUCUGCCCAGUGAGUCAGCCCUGUCUAACUUGGUGCGUAAGCUCUCAAGUCGGCGACAGCUCGGAGCUGCGGGGCUGUGAGCAGCCGAGAUAAAUUUGGGUCUAAAGGAAUGACGUAAUGGCUGCCGUCUCCCAGGGCUCCGGUCGCCAGGACUGCCGGCUGACUUCCCAACCACAUGGAAACGCACCAAGCGACCCAGGGCUCUACGCAGGACAGGAGGAGGUCGGGCCUAAGCUGUCUGACGGGAACCAGCUGGUCCGCACUGUCCGCUGCACCGCCCGGCAGCAACUGCCACCUGAAGCUCAUCUCACAGAUUCACCCUGCCUUUCUGCUUCGCCUUCUCUGCGGAAGCCCUUGGCACCAAGCACCCGCCAGCCCAGUUGUCUUACAAGCUGGGGCGUCCCAGGAAGUCUUGGAGUCUGACAGGGUGUGGGUGCACAGCCCUGCUGGUCAGCACCCCAGGUGUCCUACUGGUCGGGAAGACUUUGGGAAACCAGCAGGGUGUUCCAGAUACCAGCUCCACUUCACGGCGUUGGGCGACCUUAGGCAAGUCACGUCACCUGUCUGGACGUCAUUCCUCGGCUGUAAAAUGAGUACACGUGUGUGCGGAGAAGGUACACGGGACCUGGAGCCAGAGGCCGGGAUGGCAAGUUUAGCUCCCGGCACCGACCACGUGACCUUCGGGGAAGUUACCCAGCAUCCCUGCUCCUGGGUCCCUCAACCCCCACUGCAAAGGAGAGGUAAUAAAACUGCACGUGCUGUAGGGUGGCUGUGGACUGGAAAAAGAUAAGACCAGGCUAGUCUCACGCUAACCACUUUCGGCAUCCAGUAAAUGGUGGUCAGCACUAACACGCGACGUGAUUAGCUGCCACAGCCGCUGUGUGCUGGCGACCUCCGCUCCCGUUUCACCUCUAGACUGUGGCUCAAAGGAAGACCCAUACCCGGGUGUGCGAGUGAAAGAGCGUUUGCGCCAAAGCCUGGAGAUGUUUGAGCCAUUGCUACGUAGCUGCCUUAGGAGCUGAUGGAGCCGCCUCCCCCAACUCUCCAUAACAUCAGCAACUCCAUUCCACUCCUUUAACUUCCUACAGUCCUGUCUUCAUCUCCCGGGGUCCCAGUCCUUGGAAGCUGUGGAGUUCUGAAAGCCAGACUAUCUCUGGUACUCACUACAUUUUAAAAUGACAUCAAAUCCAAGAACACAACCUGAAGUGUGGAAGAAAGGGGCGGGGCUGGUUUAGCAGAGAUCUUCACACAACUCUUCUGAAAAUGAGCCCCUGCCUCUCCACCCCACUGUGAAUCAACAGCCCACAGUGUUGUAAGGAAGAAAAGCGACCACAGAAUAGACACUCGGGGUUUAUUAUGGAAUCAGUGGACUCAUCCAAAGAUGCGUCCUCUGCAGAGAUACGACGUGUUUGAACAUCAGUGCCCUCCAUCUUAGCACGGGUCACUCUGGUCCCCUACUUCCUAAGCAAGAACUUACUCAUUCUUCGGACCAUUGCUGUUGACAGAGUGUAGCUUCAGCUGUCCAGGACUGACCUUGCAGGCCCUGGACUCACUGCCUCCAAACAAGCAGAACUCAGAACUUCCAGGUGUGGUCUCGCCUCUGACCUCCAAAUCUGACCAUAGGCCAUAGCCAAGAAAUGGCAAAUGCAACCUAUCAAGGGAUCUACAGAGAGUGCCUACCACACAGAUGACGCAUACGGAAAUAUUGCACUCGGUCUGAUCCUGCAAGACUUUAGUACAUGGGCUGGGGAGGUGGUUCAGUGAGUAAAUAAUUUGCCACUCACCAUGAGAACCUGAGUUUGGAUCCCUAACACCCAUGUUACAAGCCAGGUGUGGUGUCGCCUAUCGGGCGGUACCAGUGAUGGGGGCAGAAAGGCAAAUACCAGGAAUUCACUGGACAGCCACUCUAGACAACAGGUGAGCUCCAAGUUCAUUAAGGGACUGUCUCAAAAAAUACCUCUGGCCUGUACAGAACAUACAUGAGAGAAGCACAUGCAUAUCCAAUACCCAACUGAAUGUAUGCACAUACUACACUCA